AGAAGAAAAUGGAUUCCAGAUUUUGGUGGCCGGUCCUCCUCGUCCUCGCUAUGGCCUCCGCCGGAGCUCGCUCUCAGUCCACAGACGCCCUCGGCUUUCUCUCCAUUGACUGCGGCCUCGAGCCCGGUUCGUCCUACGUCGACCCCCUCACCAACAUCUCCUACGUCUCCGACGCCAGCUUCAUCGACACCGGCGUCAACCGCAACACCUCCAUACCCUACGUGGGCCACGUCCCGACCCCUGUGCUCGACACUCUACGUGCCUUCCCCAACGGCACCCGCAACUGCUACACCAUCCGAUCGCCGGCGGUGGCGCGGGGGUCCAAGUACCUCCUCCGGGCGUGGUUCUUCUAUGGAAACUACGACGGCCGGCGCAUCGGCCAGCAGCUGUCCUUCGACCUCCACCUUGGCGUCAACUACUGGGCGGGGGUGAGCGUGAUCAGCAUGGAGUCACCCAUUUGGAUGGAGAUCAUCACGGCGGCCACCACCGGGUACUUGUCGGUGUGCCUGGUGAACACUGGCAAGGGGACGCCGUUCAUCUCUGGGAUCGACUUGCGGCCUUUGAAGGACAGUCUGUAUCCGGCGGCGAACGAGUCGCGGAGUUUGGUGAUGGGCAGCCGGUUUAAUUUGGGAGUGCAGUCUGACUUCAUCAGGUAUCCGGCCGACCCGCUCGAUCGGUUGUGGGAUCCAUGGAGCCCCCCGCAGUGGAACAACGUCUCCACCAACUCCACCGUCCAAAACAUCUACCUGGACUUGUUCGAAGUUCCCUCCGUCGUCAUGCAGACCGCCGUCACCCCCAUCAACUCCAACUCCAGCCUCGCCAUUUCAUGGCAUCCCCUCCCCGAUUACGUCAACCAGUUCUUCCUCAUCCUCCACAUAUCCGAGAUCUUAGACCUCUCCGGUACCAAUCAAUCGAGGCAGUUCAACAUCUACGCGAAUGGAAUCCGGUGGCCGGGGGAUAUAAACAUAAUGACUCCCCCUUACCUCUACUCGGCCGCCGUCUACAGCCUCUUGCCCCUCCCUUCGUCCCCCACCUAUAACUUCUCCCUCCAGGCUCUUAGCAACUCCACUCUCCCGCCCAUCCUCAAUGCCUUCGAGAUCUACAUGACCAUGAGCAAUGCCUCCGUGCCCUCGGAUGCUGGAGAUGUUGAUGCCAUGUCAGUGAUCAAGGAGCGGUAUCGGAUCCAGAGGAAUUGGAUGGGAGAUCCAUGUUCCCCUAGUGAUUUUGUCUGGGAUGGACUAAGUUGUAAUUAUAGCUUGUCAAAUUCUCCAAGAGUCACUGCUUUGAGCCUGUCAUCAAGUGGCCUGACUGGGGAAAUAACCAAAUCUUUUGCUAGUCUUAGUGCACUUCAACACUUGGAUUUGUCUUACAACAAUUUAACAGGGCCAAUACCAGAUGAUCUAGCAAACUUAAGUUCUCUCAAACUACUUGAUUUGACUGCCAACCAGUUAAAUGGAUCAGUUCCUUUGAACCUCCUUGAAAUGGCACAAAAUGGAUUGCUUACCUUAAGACUAGAUGGGAAUCCACAUCUUUGUAACAAUGGUACAUCGUGCAAUGUGAUGUCUGCACCAAAAAAGAAGAAAAUAUCAACACCGAUGAUUGUGAUUCUUUGUAUAGUUCUAGUGUUAAUACUUCUUGCAGUGAUAGUCAUAGUUUGGAGGGUGAGGAAAACACAAGGUUUGAGAAAAGACAGUGCAUUGGAUCCACAAAAUGGCUUCCCAGAGCAAACAGAUACAUUGCAGUUUGAAAAUCGCCAAUUCACAUACAUGGAAUUACAUAACAUCACUAAUAACUUUCAAAAGAUCCUAGGCAAAGGAGGAUUUGGGUCUGUUUUCCAUGGACAUUUGGAAGACGGUCUUCAAAUUGCGGUCAAAAUGCUAUCACAAUCAUCAUCACAAGGAACUAAAGAGUUUCUUGCUGAGGUCCAACACUUGACUAGGGUUCAUCAUCGGAAUUUAGUUUCUUUGGUUGGCUACUGCAAUGAAGUAAAUCAUUUGGCACUUGUCUAUGAGUUUAUGUCUCAAGGAACACUACAAGAUCAUCUGCGAGGCAGGGCAAACAAUUGUAGAGCUUUAAGUUGGAGACAACGUCUUCAUAUUGCAAUUGAUUCUGCACAAGGGCUAGAGUAUUUGCAAAAAGGAUCCAGACCACCACUAGUUCAUAGAGAUGUGAAGUCUGGAAAUAUCCUUUUGAGCGAAACUCUGGAAGCUAAGAUAACAGAUUUUGGGCUUUCGAAAGCUUUUCUAAGUGAGGCAAACAGCCAUAUAUCCACUGUAGUGGUGGGAACUCCUGGAUACCUUGAUCCUGAGUAUUGCAAUACCUUCCAACUUAGCGAGAAAAGUGACGUGUACAGCUUCGGCGUGGUUCUUUUGGAACUUAUCACUGGGCUACCUCCAAUAGUUCCAGGUACAGAAAAUGUACACUUAGUCCAAUGGGUGCUCCAAAGGAUUGAUAGAGGAAAUAUCGAGGAUGUUGUAGAUCCCAAACUGGAAGGGGCGUAUGACUUAAACAGUGUCUGGAAGUGUGCUGAUAUCGCGUUGAAAUGCACGGCACAAACAUCCCAACAACGACCAACCAUGACAGAAGUUUUGAUGCAAUUAAAAGAAACCUUAGAACUAGAGAACUCUCAUUAUAACACUGCGAACACAGUCACCCAUACAAUCACACACAGUGAGAAUCUAUACUCAGAAGUAAGUGAUGUGAGCCUGAACAGUGCUCCUGAGAUAGGAGUGUCUACAAUGACUGAGAUAUCGGGACCAAUGGCAAGAUAAAUAAUGAUAUGCUGACUCUUCCCUCUUAAAAUUGUGUCAUAAUAAUUGUUAAGGUUCAAAAAUGUCAUUUGCUUCAAAUUCAAUGUCGUGUAGUUUUUUACAUGUUAUUACUUGUGUGAAGGAAAAUAGUAUUUGGUGGAGUGUAAAUGAUACUUUUAUUUUCUAUAGCAAAAACUAUUGUAUGUUCUUCCAUU